AUGCCCAUAGUUAUCAGCAAUGACUAUGAGCUCACUCUCUCAGACACCACUUCUACAUCUACAACUGGGACAAGUCAUCUCACAAAAUGUGACAUAAAACAGAAAGCCUUCUGUGUAAAUGGGGGGGAGUGUUACAUGGUUAAAGACCUUCCAAAUCCCCCAAGAUACCUGUGCAGGUGCCCAAAUGAAUUUACUGGUGAUCGCUGCCAAAACUACGUAAUGGCCAGCUUCUACAAGCAUCUUGGGAUUGAAUUUAUGGAAGCUGAGGAACUGUACCAGAAACGGGUGCUGACCAUAACUGGCAUUUGCAUUGCUCUUCUAGUAGUUGGCAUCAUGUGUGUGGUGGCCUACUGCAAAACCAAGAAGCAGAGGAAAAAGUUGCAUGACCGUUUUCGGCAGAGCCUACGCUCAGAAAGGAGCAACAUGGUAAACAUGGCCAACGCGCCAUACCACCCCAACCCACCACCAGAGAACAUCCAGCUGGUGAAUUUUUUGCUUUUUUUUCAACAGUACAUUUCAAAAACCGUAAUCUCCAGUGAGCACGUCACUGAACGAGAAACAGAGACUUUGUUUUCCACAAGCCGUUACACGUCAACAACACAUCAUUCUACAACGGUCACCCCGACACCCAGACACAGUUGGAGUAAUGGCCACACUGAAAGCAUUAUCUCUGAAAGCCACUCUGUGCUCAUGAGCUCAUCUGUGGAAAACAGCAGGCACAUAAGCCCAACAGGACCCAGGGAAUACCUCAAUGGCCUUGGAGGUCCACGGGACUGCAACAGUUUCCUCAGGCAUGCGAGAGAGACUCCCAACACCUACCGAGACUCCCCUCACAGUGAAAGGUAUGUCUCAGCUAUGACCACACCAGAUCACAUGUCACCUAUAGAUUUUCACACUCCGACUUCUCCAAAGUCUUCCUCUUCCAAAAUGUGUACACUAGUUUCCAGCUUAACCAUGUCUGUCCCUUCUGUGGCCGUGAGUCCUUUCAUGGACGAGGAGAGACCACUAUUUCUUGUGCCCCCAUUGCGACCACAGGAGAAGUAUGACCACCCACUUCAGCAAUUCAACUCCUUCCACCACAGUCCUGCCCAUGAGAGCAACAGUCUGCCACCUAGUCCACUGAGGAUAGUAGAGGAUGAGGAAUAUGAGACAACACAAGAGUAUGAGCCAGCACAGGAGCCUCCAAAGAAACUCACCAACAGCUGGAGGGUAAAAAGAACAAAGCUCAAUGGCCAUAUUUCCAGCAGAGUGGAAAUGGACUCUGACCCAAGCUCUGAGAGCAGUAGCUCUGAGGGUGAACUAAAAGAUGAAAGAAUAGGUGAAGAUACACCUUUCCUGAGUAUACAGAACCCCAUGGCAACCAAUCUAGAGCCGGCCACUGCAUACCAGCUGGCUGAGAGCAGGACUAACCCAGCAAAUCGCUUCUCCACACAGGAAAAAUUGCAAGCAAGGUUGUCCAGUGUAAUAGCUAACCAAGACCCUAUCACUGUAUAAAACAAACAGAAUACAUAGAAUCACAUGUAAAAUUUUAUUUUAUAUAAUGAAGUAUUCCAUCUUUAAAUUAAAUUAUUUAAUUUUAGCAAUUCUGCUAAUAGAAAACAAGAGAGGAAAAAGCUUUUAUAAAUUAAAUAUAUGUAUAUGCAGUUGUGUUAUGUGCCAUAUGUAGCAAUUUUUUGUAGUAUUGCAAAAUGGAGAAAGCUAUCAAUGGUGCCUUUAUGUUAUGUUAUGUCAAGAGCAAGUUUUGUACAAUUACAAAGAUUUAUGUCCCAUAGCAUUUUGAAAAACCUUCUAAUCUUCAAUUGUCCUGUCUUUUUUUUGUGCACUGCAUUAUGAUGCCUUAUUGUAUAAUUUUCAAGAAUUGCAGAAGUCCCUCUGUUUGCUUGUAGUAAACUCUCCAAAUCAAAAAGCCCUGUAAUGUCAUUCCCACCCUACCCACCUCAUGUAACCCCCUCACAAAAACACACAAAAAAAGCAAAUUGAAAAAAACAACAAAAAACUGUUUUCUUCUACAAGAUGUUUUAUUUGCUUUCCAUAUAGGAAAUGAAUUUUGUCUGCUCUCUGCCAUCCAAAAGGUUCGCUUCAUUGGGCACUGGUAUAAUAGUAGAUCCAACAGCAUGCUACUAUUAAUUACAGCAGGAUAACAAAAAAAAAACUGUAUUAAAUAAUGCUACUUAUAGAAAGAAACUAAUACUGUGAUUUUAAAUGAAAUAUAUUAUUAAUCAGAGGUCAUCUUGUACUCACUAGGCACUGUCAUUUCAUUAUUUUACAGUUAUUAAUUGUUCUAAUUAGCCUUUAGAAAGGAUAGCUGAGGCUUUGAACCCAGUACUCUACAAAGAAGCAAGAUUUCUAUUAGUUUUAGUUAAUAGGGAAAAUAUUAUAGCAGAUAUAUGUAACCAAACAAGGAAGAGAACUAGCUGGAAAACAAAUGUCACUAAUAAAAAUGCAAUCAGUUUUGA